UGGCCGUUGGGGCCGGGUGGGCGAGGCGGUCCCGCUGCCGGUGGCGGCGCCAGCGCCAGCGCCGCGGCUGCUGGUGGUGCCAUGCACUCGCUCGGAGAGGAGAUCCGAAGCUUCUCCAGGGCGAACCUGCGGAAGCAGUGCACCAGGGUGACGACGCUGACGGGCAAGAGGAUCAUCGAGACGUGGCGCGGUGCCUGCUUGCAAGUGGUGGAGGAGACGGGGCCCGGCGAUGGCGGCGGCUGCGGCUACGUGCCCGACCUCAGCUCCGACCUGCAGGUCGGCGUCGUUCGGCCCUGGCUGCUGCUGGGGUCGCAGGAUGCUGCUCAUGAUCUGGAGACAAUGAAGAAGUAUAAGGUUACUCAUGUUCUAAAUGUGGCAUACGGAGUUCAAAAUGCCUUUCUCAAUGACUUUAUAUACAAGAGCAUUUCUAUUCUGGAUCUCCCAGAAACUGAUAUCACCUCCUACUUCCCAGAAUGUUUUGAGUUUAUUGAGAAAGCCAAGAUCCAGGAUGGUGUGGUACUGGUUCACUGUAAUGCAGGAGUCUCUCGUGCAGCAGCAGUGGUCAUCGGUUUUCUAAUGAAUUCAGAAGGACUCAGUUUUGCUAGAGCCUUUUCUUUGGUGAAAAAUGCAAGGCCUGCUGUUUGUCCAAAUCCUGGCUUCAUGGAGCAGCUUCACAAGUACCAAGAACACAAUAAAAAGGCAAAUGGAAGCAUAAAUGAUCAAGACUGAUCGAAAAGGAGAAGAGAAACAAUCUGUUUUGACUAUACAGUAACAGAUGCUGGAUGUACUUUAAUCUGUCAUUGUGCAGUUCUUUCACAUAUGCAUUCUAAAUUCAUUCUCUACACAUUUUUAUUCUGUGUUCCUUCCCCUCUCUUUUUUCAGCAUCUAGUUUAAAGGCCAAGUGGCAUUCUACUGACUUCAGAGAUGAUUUGGCCCAAGAACAAGCUCUUCCUAGAGCAAUGAUAGAAAGAUAAAGUUCUCUUUUCCUUGCAAUAUAAGAAAAAAACAGAAUGAUGGGCUUUAUUGAAACAUCAGAUGAUGCAGGCAAUAGAGAAAGGACUUAAAAUGGUAAUUAAGAUAAUAAAGUUGCUCUGUUUACUUUAAUACUAAACUGAAUCUUUAUUCAUUCCAGUUGAUUGUAAAACCUAGAUAAUAAAAUGUUCCUGUGAUGAA